AUGGAUGCAAUUUUUCAAAUUGAAACCAGUGGCAUGAUGUUCAAUGCUUUUAAAGCUAAGACAAUGGAUGAAGAAACACAUCACUAUGAUUUGAGAAGUAGAAGUAGAUCUAGGUCUCAUACUCCAAUGGUUUUCAAUCAAAAUUUGAUAGAUUUUAAUACCUAUGAUCACAGAUACUUAAGAGAUAGAGGAAGUAAAGAAAGAUCCCAGACCCCUGUGGAAGUAUCAAGUUCCAGACGUUCAGAGUCGAGAUCCUUACCCAGAAGUACUUUAAAAAACGAUACAAUAAAAGAAGAACUACAACAGAACAUUGAAGAUAUUCAAAAAGCACAAAUAACUGUUGAAUAUGAACGUCAAAAUGAAAAAUCUGCACUUUCAACAGUUAAAAAAGUUGAUAAGCGGUCAGAACGACGACGCGUAAGAAGACAAGACAAUGUUAAUGGACAAGGAGAGUUAAAGGAGAGUAAAUCUAUAAAAAUAUCAAGUAAAAGUUUAUCUCCAAAUAAAAUAAUUACCAGUGACUAUUCUUCCGAUGAAGGAAAAUUCCAUGAUUCAUCUAGAAGUCCUAGAUCAGCAUACGAAAUAUACAAACAAGCUGGUGAUUGGUGGGAUGUUUUUCCAAAGACAGAUUAUACAUACUCUCCGACAUCACGAUGUCGAUAUGAAAUCGCGCCUGGAAUCUUGGCCAUGCCUAACAUGUCUCGGACGUCUAUCCAUUUAGCGUGUGGUAGUAACUGCAGUAGUCUGAUUUACAGUCAACAGGAUUCAACUUUGUCUCAAAGAAAUAGAACACGUUCCUUCAAUUACCUAGAAAAAGAUAUCACUGAUGCUGUCAAUCAAAAUCGUUUGAAUGAAGAACAACAUUUUUAUUCGUUUUCAUAUGAUACAGCAAGACAAUCGGAUUUACAUAUAUACAAUCAAACACAAAUAGAUAAAUCGAGAAAUCUUGACACAAGUUCUUAUGCAGAGUUUGAAAAUAGAUUUAAUAGUUCUUCACACAUUAAUUCCAACACGGAAUUAAGUGAAGCUCUUCAGUUGAAUACCAACAAUAAUAAAAAGUGGACCAUAUCGUGGUUUGAAAAGAUUAAGAAUGUCUUAACGUUACUGUUUAUCAAUUUAUUUCAGUUCGUAGGUAUUAAGAUGUUGAAAAAAAAUUCUACAACUAGUCAUAAUUAUUGGCAGUAUCAAGAAUCUACAUUGACUAAAAUAUGGAAAAAAAUGUUUCGAGUUAUUCAGUAUUCAUAUUUGUUGUUGAUGAGAGCACUCUUUUUUGAUUCUUGGAUAUUAAGAUGUGUUUCAACUUUUUCAAAGAGUCUCCGCAGGCACUCUUCCAAAUGGAUCAUAUUCUUUCUUCCAUUGUUACUUUUUUUACUUGGUUAUUGGUUUUAUCCCUAUGGAGAAAAUUUAGGCUUUCCUUCGUUUUCUAGAACUGAUUUUUCACAAUUUUCUACUACAAAAAAAAGUCUUACACCUAUAAAUCCAAUAGAACCAUUAGAAAAAAAUUCCUUUAUCAUAAAUGAUGCUAUUCAAGAGAAAAUAAGUCAACAAAUAAUAAGUUUGAUCGAUCGAGUAGAGAAAUUGGAAGCUAUCGAACAGAAUUCGGAAAAAAAUAUUUUAAGUCUCAAUCAAUCUCAUGCAAAGCUGAAAGUCGAUGAAGCAAAAGUUUGGAAGCUUUAUGAAAAAAAAAUAUCUGUUUUAGAGGACAGAGUAAUAAACGCACAACAUAUUUUAGAGUAUCAAAAUAAUGAGAAGAGAAACACUUUUGAUGAAAUACAAAAUAUUAAAACCGAGUUGAAUAAUAUACAAAGCCUUUACGCAAAUUUAAAGACUUGCUGUGAUAAAAGUAUAUCACCAAAAGAAAUAAACGAAAUUUUCACAAAUUUAUUAAUUUCAAGCGAUAAUUAUAAUAAGAAAUCGGAUGGCGAAGAUUUAAAGACGCUUAAAUGUGAACAUUUACCUAACACUUCGUCAUUAUCCGAAGAGCAUAUAAAAAACAUAGUUAAAGAAAUUUUGAAGACUUAUAACGCGGAUAAAACAGGAAAAGUUGAUUAUGCGUUAGAAUCCGCUGGCGGUCAAAUUAUUAGUAUUCGUUGUACCCAAAGUUACAGUGUCAAUACUCGGGCAUUCAAAGUUCUUGGCUUUACAUUAUAUUAUGAGAGUAGUGAUCCUCGAACUGUAAUUCAAGGACAUUCAUUACAGCCAGGAGUUUGUUGGGCGUUUCAAGAUUUUCCUGGAUAUCUUGUGAUUAAACUACGUAGCCCAAUCCAAGUAACUGGGUUUACUGUUGAGCAUGCACCAAAAUCUAUUUUGCCUAACAAUGAAAUAAAAAGUGCACCAAAGAAAUUUAAUAUUUGGGGUUUGAAGGAAGAAAAUGAUUCUGAUCCUGUACUUUUCGGUGAAUAUGAAUUUUUAGAUAAUGAUGAAAGUCUUCAAUAUUUUCCGGUGCAGAAUCUUAAUGUUGUAGAACCGUAUGAGUUCAUCGAAUUAAAAAUACAUAGUAAUCAUGGGCAACUUGAUUAUACUUGUCUUUACCGAUUUAGAGUUCAUGGAACAUUAAUUUAA